AUGUUUUUAUCAUUGAUUUGUGGUAACUUACCUACAUAUAAAUACUUCGUUAUUAAAGACGGAUACGAAGAAAUCGAUAUUCACGAGCCUGGCGUUCAAUCUUCUUAUGAGUACCUUUGCGGCGUUGUUCCAAAAUUUUUACCCGACUUUACAACAUAUCACGCUAUCACAUUGAUUCACUGCUGGCAUAAGAAAGAAGGAAAUUACUACGCUGUUGAAGUUAUGACACAGAGAAUUAGAUAUUUAGUCACUGUUCAAGACAUUGAAGGCACACAUUAUUUAUAUUCCGUAAGAAUUCUAAAUUGUGAUGGCCCAGGAGGCGCCAAAUGGUCACAACCAGAACAAGAUAUCAUAGAUCUAGUUAUGGAAGAAGCCAAAGAGAAGUUUGGACAAGAUUUGAAGCUAAGAAAUGUUGCAGCAUUUACUACAAGACUUCAAGGCACAAAAUACGCUCACUUUGUCGCUGAUGUUGAAACAGAUUCCGAAAGAUUCUUAAUUAAUGUCCAUUUAGAGAAGCCAUUUGGCGGCCAGCAAUACUCAAUUAAGGACAUAGUGCGUGUUGAAUAA